AAUUUUGAUUUUUUUGCCAUUUAUUUUAUUUCAAUUUUGCUUUUUGAGGUUGAAUUAUUAUGUGGGUAUUUGUGAAAUAUAUGAUGAUGUUGAUGGUUUAGUUUAAUGGGUUGGAUUGAAUUUUGGAUUUUGGUUACCCAAUUGGGGUGAAAUUUGCUCUUGGAAUGUGUUUCCUAAAUUGUACUGACUUUUUUCACUCUGUUGUGGGCCCCAGUAAGCUAUUGCAAUGGAUGAAGCUACAGCAUGUUUAGACAAGCAUAUGCAUAUUACUAUUUGAAGUAAUUGUAUUUAGUCACAUUGAUGUGUUAAAUGUAGUUUUGGCUUUUGUUUUGUUGAUUUCACUAGCUUCUGUUUUUUUUUUUUUUUAUAUUAUUAAUCCAUUGUGCGGUAAAAUGGAUCAAUUACUGUUGAUUUUGAUAAAAUACAAGUGUUCAUGCAAAAAGUUUGGACUUUGAAUGGGAUAGCAUUGUUGAAAAGGUGAAGUCUAUUAUACGCUUGGGUGUACGUUUAUUUGAGAUCAUGUUUAUUACAAGGACAUCUGAAGGAUAUACUAGUGUUAAUGUUUUUUUGGAUAGUGGAUUUUCCUUAGAGGAUGAUGGAUGUUUCAUUCUAUUAGUUUGUUCAUUGGUUGUUGUAACUUGUAAUUGCUUUUAAUCUGCUGCUGUUUUAGCACUUAUGCAAAUUGCAUUCUGUGCUUGCAAUGCAAAUGAAGGAUACCUUUUGGUUGAUGUGUUAAGUUAAUUCAUUGCAAUAAAAGUUAGAUUAUGGAUAAUAAAAUAAAAGGCAGUGCUGACUAUGUUGUGGAUUGAGCUUCAUUGUAGUUGUUCAGUUCCACCCCUUCCAUAAAGUUCUGUAUUAACUAUUAAGUACUCUAAAUUAUGUUGCCAAUCAAAAUUGUUUUUGUUCUUGAAUUGAUAAAUCUUCCGCUCUUUUCUUUUUAGAUUUGCCUUCUGUCUAAGUUACUGAUGAUCAUGCCUGGUUUCCUUAUUUACUGCAUCAUAUGCUUAACUCUUGCCACUUUAUUUGUGGAAUGACAUUGAUUUCUUGAGUUUUAAUCUAGUUUGUGAGGACAGUUAGCAUUCUCAUAUGAAUUUGUGAUUUAUGGGAUAUAAGUAAUGCCUGCGUUUCCCUAUUUAUAAUUUUAUAUUUUUCUUCAUUAUUGUGUUUGCUAGAUUGCUAAUACUUGGUGAUGUUUGGUGUGUUUCUUGAUCAACUCCAAUUCAUUACAGCUGGUACCGCUAUUCCAGAUCUUUUUAUCGCCCAAUAGUCUAAUUUCCUUGGAUUAUUUGCUAUUGCUGUCUUAAUUACGCUUAUGGAGCUGGGUAUCUUUUCAUCCAUGUUUGAGCUCCCAAAUUAUCUUCUAACCCAGAAUAACUUCGUAUUGCUUUUACCAUGCCUGAGCUCCUGUGCGCCAGUUGUUGGGGGUGGUUGUUAUAUCUGUUUAUUGGUUUGUGCUUGUCAGUUGAGUGCAUGCUUUAAUAAGUCUGGAAAAGCAUAUAAUUUGGGUGGGGUUUUGCAUCUGCAUUUUAUGUAUUCAAACUCUUUUUAGUGCACUAGUUACACCUACACAAAUCCAUAGCAUCACAAACAUCAAGUCAAUUUUUGUGGUUAUGGUCAGGCAUGUGGAAAGAGAAUCAGUUCAUGGAUUCAAACUGAGCUGGUCUGGCCAUGGGAUUUCAUUUGUUGCGAAAAUAAAAAUCCAUUUUGAGUACUUUAUUUCUAACAAGUUGAAAGAGCAUCCAAUGAGCAUUUUUUAACACUGGGUUCAAGAGAUAAGAUCAUAUCUCAUGAAAUUGUCCUUUACUUCUCAUUUUGUGACGCGUAUAUAAAAGAAAGUCACUGUUAAACUGUAGGGGGAGGGCUGGUCUCUUUUAAUUGUCAACAUUGUGUACACUUGAUCCUCGUUCACCCCGCCCUAAGCUGGAGGAUUUUUAAGGUUCACCAAGAUAUGACUGCUCCACUGUCUCACUAUUUCAUAUAUACCGGUCACAAUUCUUAUCUUACUGGGAAUCAACUGACUAGUGACUGUAGUGAUGUUCCUAUCAUACAUGCACUGGAAAAGGCUGUGAGAGUGAUCGAGUUGGAUAUAUGGCCCAAUUCUUCUAAAGACAAUGUUGAUGUUCUUCAUGGAGGGACAAUGACUUCACCUGUUGAGCUCAUUAGAUGUUUAAGAUCCAUCAAGGAACAUGCCUUCUCCACAUCCGAUUAUCCUGUCGUGAUAACUCUUGAAGACCACCUUACUACCGAUCUUCAAGCUAAAACUGCUGAGAUGAUCACUCAAACAUUUGGAAACGCACUGUUUUCACCGGAACAGGAUUCAGAAUGCUUUAAGAAACUUCCUUCCCCUGCUUCACUGAAGAAACGUUUUUUGAUAUCGACAAAGCCGCCAAUAGUGUAUCAUGAAGAUAAAGAUGCAAAGGAAGAUUCGCAGAGGGGCAACAAUUCUGGAGAUGAGGAAGCUUGGGGAAAGGAAGUCCCUAGUCUUAAAUCUCAUAGUCAGAAGAAUCACGAAUUGGAUGAUGGAGAUGUUGACGAUGAUGACGAAGAAGUUGAUGAUGACAUUAACAAGUCAAAGAAGUUUGAGGCACCAGAAUACACACGCCUCAUUGCUAUUCAUGCUGGAAAACCCAAGGGUGGUCUAAGCGAAGCACUAAAGGUGGAUCCUAAUAAGGUGAGACGUCUUAGCUUGAGUGAACAACAGCUUGAAAAGGCAGCAUCUCGCUAUGGAAAGGAGAUUGUCAGGUUUACACAGAAUAAUAUGCUUAGGAUCUACCCUAAGGGAACUCGAAUUACCUCAUCAAAUUACAACCCUCUCAUUGGAUGGAUGCAUGGAGCUCAGAUGGUUGCAUUUAAUAUGCAGGGAUAUGGAAGAUCCCUGUGGCUGAUGCAAGGAAUGUUCAGAGCUAACGGUGGAUGUGGUUAUGUAAAAAAGCCAGAUUUUCUUCUGAACGGUGGUCCUAAUGGCGAGGUCUUUGAUCCUAAAGCUAAACUUGAAGUCAAAAAGACUUUGAAGGUGACUGUAUUUAUGGGAGAAGGAUGGUAUUAUGAUUUCAAGCAUACACAUUUUGAUCAAUUUUCCCCUCCGGAUUUUUAUGUUAGGGUUGGGAUUGCGGGAGUGGCAGCAGAUACUGUGAUGAAGAAAACAAAAACAUUAGAAGAUAACUGGAUACCAGCCUGGAAUGAAGAGUUUGUCUUCCCACUGACUGUUCCUGAACUUGCACUCCUUCGAAUUGAAGUUCAUGAGUAUGACAUGUCUGAGAAAGAUGAUUUUGGUGGUCAAACAUGUUUGCCUGUUUGGGAGAUCAGAGAAGGUAUCCGGUCUGUCCCACUUUGUAGCCGUGAGGGAAUCAAGUACUCAUCUGUCAAGCUUCUCAUGCGCUUUCAGUUUAUUUGA